AAAAGAUUUUUUGAUCAAGUACCGCGUCAAUUUCACAUGUGUUGUGUGGCCAUUUUGAAUUUUCGUAUAUUUGUAUUGUAGCCAAAAUUAACCAAGAAAAACGUCUUUGAUAAUAUUUACAAUUUUAUAUGAUUAUCUUCUGAAUUUAAAUUGUAAUUUAACCUUGAAUGAAUUGAGGGUUUGAAAGAUGUCUCAUAAAGCAGAAGAUUUAGAUGUCAUCACUGGCUUGCUGGCUGGAACAAAGAUAGAGACUUUGGACGGUGGUGUCAGCUUUGCAGGAAAAUCAUUGAAGUUGGACAAGGAGGAAGAUGCUGCGGAGGUAGUGAAAGCAAUAUUAGAUUGUAAAAAUCUGAGUUACUUGAAUUUAGAAGGAAACACAUUGGGAGUAGAUGCAGCUAAAGGCAUAGGUAAAGCCUUGGAGUCACAUCCAGAAUUCAAAAGAGCAUUAUGGAAGGAUAUGUUUACCGGAAGAAUGAAGGAGGAAAUACCUGAAGCUCUGAGAUUUCUUGGAAGUGGUCUCAUGUUGUCUAAUGCCAAUCUAGUUGAACUGGACCUGAGUGACAACGCCUUUGGCCCAAUCGGAGUUGAAGGCCUUGCUUCUCUUUUGAAAAGUAAAUGCUGUUUUGCUUUAGAAAUAUUGAGGCUCAACAACAAUGGUUUGGGAAUUACCGGUGGCAAGCUUCUAGCUAAUGCACUGAUGUCCUGUUACAAGUCCAGUAAAGACCUAGGGAAGCCUCUCGCUUUAAAAGUUUUUAUUGCUGGAAGAAAUCGUCUGGAAAACGAUGGUGCAAAGGCUCUCUCGGAAGUAUUUUCAACUUUGAAAAGUUUAGAAGAAAUAAGAAUGCCGCAGAAUGGAAUCUAUCAUGUGGGUAUAACUGCACUGGCAGCUGCUUUUUCGGUUAAUAAAAAAUUGAAAAUUGUCGAUCUGAAUGACAACACGGUGAGUAAAAAAGGCAGUGUUGCUCUCGCCAAAGUGUUGCCGAAUCUGCAGUCGCUCACCCACCUCAACCUGGGCGACUGUCUGUUGAAGACUGCUGGUGCUAUAGCUAUAGCUAAAUCUUUAACUGAGGGACACGAUAAAUUGCAAGAAGUAAAUGUUUCAUGUAAUGAGAUUCGAUUGAAUGGUGGUCUAGCGUUAGCAGAAGCACUAUUAUCAAAGACAGAAUUGACAAAUGUGAUAUUGGACGGAAAUCAAUUUGGCGAAGAUGGUGUGACUGAAGUUCAUGAGCGACUUUCAUCGUGCACAUCAGCAACAAUAAGCAUCGAAGAUGACGAAGGCGAUGAAGAUGAUGAUGACGAUGAGGAGGAAGAGGAGGAGGAGGAUGAAGAAGAAGAGGAGGAGGAGGAAGAGGAAAAUGGUAGUGAAGCCGAAGCCAAUCAAAGUAAUAAGAGUGUUACUGAACAAGUGAAUGUUCAAAAAAGUAAUGCUACUCUUAUUAAACCUUUCAGCCCUUCGAAUGCAACGCAGGUUACCGUUUCUGAUUUUCUCAAAACACCAACUGUACAUAAUUUCCUAUCUCUCGGUACAAGGAGAAAUUCUCUAAUAUUGGAUGAAGUCAAAAAGACUCCGGAAUCUGACUUGCUAGAAGCGAUGCUGUCAGCCAUAAUGAAAGUGUCAGCAUUGGUGGGUGCUGGUAAUGGUUCAGAAGUGGACAAGGCAGCUCUAACGUGUAGUGAUCACUUAUAUCAACACCUCUGCAACUGGUCCAAAACCAACAAUGAUUUCUCACUUGUCAGCAACACUCUACUAGUGCAUCUCGGAUUAAUGAAGAGCGAAGACAAGUCGUUCAAAAUAACGUACAAUACCCAUGGAUGCAGGGCUGCUUUACAGCAAGCCAUGACUCAGAACUACUUCCCCACUCAAGUCAAGGAAACUAUGCAAUUCUUCCUCAACAAGAAAUGAAUUUGAUUAGCUGUGACUCGAGUGAAGCAUGUCGACUACCAAAAUAAUAUUGCUGAUAUAUUGGUGAAAUUCAUUUCAGUGUACCAAAUUUCAAACAUUAGUGCAUCUUUUCUCAAAUUAAAGUGUAUUUAAUUUUCUAUGUUAAUAAAACCACUUUCAAUGUAAAGAGAGAACCCUGUGAAAAUCCAAUGUUUUAAAAACAAUUCUGUACCUGAUUUAGAACUUCUGAAUUUCAGGUCUCAUUUUUAAAAUUAGUUUGUAAAAUAAAGUUUUCUUCUUCUUUUCGUACAUUCUA